AUGAACCUCUCAUGUAAAAUUUUAGCCAACUUACUUCUGAUCUUCAACUUUUCUACCAAAGAUGCAGUCCCCAGUGAGACUGGGAAUCCCAAGGAAGCCUGGGGUGUCUUGGAUCAGGAAAUCAACCUGGACAUUCCUAAUUUUCAAAUGAAUAAUGACAUUGAUGAUAUAAAAUGGGAAAAAGAAGGACCAAACAAGACCAGAGUUGCACAAUUCAAAAAAGACAAGACAUCUUUCCAUCUAAAUGAAACAUAUGCGGUAUUAGCCAAUGGAACCCUGAAAAUUAAAUCUCUGAAGAAAAAUUCUGGUGGUACCUACAAGGUAUCAGUAUACAAUACAGAAGGGAAAUUCGUGCAGGAAAAAACAUUCCAUUUGAAGAUUAUAGAGUUGGUCUCAAAACCAGAGAUCUCCUGGGAUUGUAUCAAUACAACUUUGACCUGCGAGGUAGUGAAAGGAACUGACCCUGAAUUAAAGCUGUAUCAAAAUCAGAAACAUUUCAUGACAAGUUCUCAGAGGGUCAUCACACACAAAUGGACCACCCGCCUGAAUGCGAUGUUCAAGUGCACGGCAAAGAACAGAUUCAGUGAGGAAUCCAGUGAGAAAGUCGUCAACUGUCUGGAGAAAGGUCUGGACAUCUAUCUCAUCGCUGGCAUUUGCGGAGGUGGCAUCCUCUUCAUAAUCUUUGUGGCACUGCUCAUUUUCUACAUCAGCAAGAGGAAAAAACAGAACCGUAGGAGAAACAAUGAGGAGCUGGAGAUUAGAGUCCACAGAGUAGCUACUGAAGAAAGGAGCCAGAAGCCCCACCAAAUGCCAGCCUCUGUGCCUCAAAAUCCAGGGGCUUCCCAAGCACCCCCACCACCUAGUCAUCGUUCCCAGGCACCUGGUCAUCGUCCGCUGCCUCCCGGUCACCGUGUCCAGCACCAGCCUCAGAGGAGGCCCCCUCCUUCGUCGGGCACACAAGUUCAUCAGCAUAAAGGCCCGCCCCUCCCCAGACCUCGAGUUCAACCGAAACCUCCCCGUGGUGCUGCAGAACACAUGUCGUCCCCUUCCUCUAAUUAAAAAGCAUGGAGACCUUUCUUUCCAGUAAAAGACACUGUGGAUUUCUCCACCUUGGGUGUGCACAUCCACACUUCCA